CAUCACCAUGACUACGUUUCGCUUUGGACAACAUGUAGUAAAAGCAUCAGCAGUAUUUCUUCAGAGCGAAUUGUCUUUCGCUCUAGUUAACAGAAAACCAGUGGUCCCUGGCCAUGUGUUGGUGUGCCCAAUCAGAUCAGUGGAGCGUUUUCAUGAUCUUCGACCAGAAGAGGUGGCUGACCUAUUCCAGACAACCCAAAGAGUGUCCAGCGUGGUUGAAAAGCACUUCUGUGGCUCCUCACUGACUAUUGCUAUUCAGGAUGGCCCAGAGGCUGGACAAACUGUAAAACAUGUGCAUGUCCAUGUACUGCCAAGAAAGCAUGGAGACUUUGAGAAAAAUGACAGUAUUUAUGAUGAGCUCCAAAAGCAUGAUAAAGAAGCAGAAGACAUUCCUGCCAAGUGGAGAUCAGAAGAGGAAAUGGCAGCGAAAGCAGAUGCUCUGAGGAAAUAUUUUAACUAGAUUCCACCCCAGUAGGUUGAAGCUGAAAGCAUUAUACAGUGAACUGCUGUAUAGAAAUCGUACUACACCAUGCAUGAUUCAAGUCACACUGUAAUUCAACAAUUUUCUUUGCUGGCUAUUAAAUAUCUAAGACAUCUGAAUUGCACUCCUCGAACCAGUCACAAACUACUGAAUAUAUGUAUUAUUGUCAUAAUAGGUCCAAUUCCUUAUGAAAAAGGAACCACCCUAUACGUAAAAUAGAAAAGCAUGACAAACCACCAAAUUGUUGCAUUUAAAUAAUGUGGGGGUUUGUGUGUGUGUGUUUGUUUUUUGUAUCUAUCAAAAACA